CUGCUCUCAUGGCGGGUGAAGGUGGGGCUGUGGACAUAGCGAUGCAGCCGACUGCGGGCCAGCCGGCUGAGAGCCCCCAGCAGUCCUUCUUGGCGACUCUGAGCGACCCCCAGGUCACCCUCCUGUCCGUCUGCAAGCGGUGGUCGUUCCGGAGGAGCCCCGGCACCCGGGCUGCUGUCCUGCCGCUGUCCCCGCAGGACGGUUGGAAUGGGAGCCCUGAAGCCAGCUCCAGUCAGGUCCUCUCUAACCUCUCAGUACCAGCCCGGGCCUGGGAGCCAGCAAUGAAGCAGAAUUUCGCCUUCGACAACAUUGGCUACGAAGACGGCCUGGAAGAUGCCUGUCCUCCCCCGACCACCACUGGCGCCAUCAGCAUCCAGGGCAUGACCUGCCUGUCAUGUGUUCAGUCCAUCGAGGGCAGGAUCGGCCACCUGCAGGGCAUUGUGAGCAUCAGGGUCUCCCUGGAACGAGGCAGCGCCACGGUGGAGUACUUGCCUUCAGUCCUGAGCCUGCAACAGAUCUGCCGUCACAUCGAGGACAUGGGCUUUGAGGCCCGACCCAUGGAGGCCAAGGCUGCCUCCUGGCCUUCGAGGUCGGAGCCGGCACUGGAGGCCGUGGUCAAGCUUCGGGUGGAGGGCAUGACCUGCCAGUCCUGCGUCAGCUCCAUCGAAGGCAAAAUUGGGAAGCUGCAAGGUGUGGUGAGGAUCAAGGUCUCACUCAGCAACCGUGAGGCCGUCAUCACCUACCAGCCUUACUUCAUCCGGCCCCAGGACCUCCGGGACCAUGUCAAUGACAUGGGCUUUGAAGCUGUGAUCAAGAACAAAGGGACUCCUUUGAGCCUAGGACCCACUGCUAUCCAGCGGUUAAGGGACAACAAUUCCAAGACACCUGUAGCUUCUGCCAACCAGAAUCCCAGUAACACAGAGACCCUGGGGAACCCAAGGACUCCCUUGGUCCCUCUGGAGCUGAGAGUGGAGGGCAUGCACUGUAAGUCUUGCGUCCUGAACAUCGAGGAGAACAUAGGCCGGCUCCCGGGGGUCCAGAGUAUCCACGUGUCCUUGGAGAAUAGAGCUGCCCAAGUGCAGUAUGACCCUGCCCGUGUCUCCCCAGAGGCCCUGCAGAGGGCCAUCGAGGCGCUGCCACCUGGGAACUUUCAAGUUUCUCUUCCUGAGGGGAGCAGGACAGACGGUGGAUCUCUGGGCCGCUCCCUAGCACCUCCCCAGCACCUGCCAGGGCAGGAUGUGUGCUGUACCACAAGGCUUGCCAUUGUUGGCAUGACUUGUACGUCCUGUGUCCAGACCAUUGAAGGCGUGAUCUCGCAGAAGAAAGGGGUGCGGCAAAUCCUGGUCUCCCUGGUUGAGGGAACUGGAACAAUUCUCCACGAUCCCUUUGUGAUUAACCCUGAGGAGCUCCGAGCUGCUGUAGAAGACAUGGGAUUCGAGGCUUCUGUCAUUCCUGACAACUCUUCCAGCCACCAAGUUGGGGACCACAGUGCAGGAAAGUCAACGGUGCGAACUGUAGCUGGCACACCCAUGUCUCUGCCGGAAGCAGCUCCCCAAGCUGGAGCGCCCCCGAAGCCUCACAGCCUUGGCCACUUGCCCAAGUCCCCACAAGCCCCUGCAACAGCGGCAUCGCAGAAGUGCUUUCUGAAGAUCACUGGCAUGACCUGUGCUUCCUGUGUGUCUAACAUAGAGAGGAACCUGCAGAAGGAAGUUGGGAUUCUUUCUGUGCUGGUGGCCUUGAUGGCUGGGAAGGCAGAAGUGAAGUAUAACCCGGAAGUCAUCCAGCCCCUGGAAAUCGCUCAACUCAUCCAGGACUUGGGCUAUGAGGCAUCAGUCAUGGAAGACUACACAGGCUCGGAUGGAGACCUUGAGCUCAUCGUCACAGGGAUGACCUGUGCUUCCUGUGUUCACAACAUCGAGUCCAAGCUCACAAGGACAAAGGGCAUCACGUACGCCUCCGUUGCUCUCGCCACCAGCAAAGCCCAUGUCAAGUUUGAUCCUGAAAUAAUUGGUCCACGCGAUAUUGUCAAAAUUAUCGAGGAGAUCGGCUUUCGUGCUGCCCCAGCCCAGAGAAGCCCCGGUGCGCAUCACUUGGACCACAAGAUGGAAAUAAAGCAGUGGAGAAAGUCUUUCCUGUGCAGCCUGGUGUUUGGCAUCCCCGUGAUGGGCCUGAUGAUCUUCAUGCUGAUCCCCAGCCACAAGCCCCAUGAGUCCAUGGUUCUGGACCACAACAUAGUUCCUGGACUGUCCAUUCUAAAUCUCAUCUUCUUCAUCUUGUGUACCUUUGUGCAGUUCCUGGGUGGCUGGUACUUCUAUGUUCAGGCCUACAAAUCUCUGAAGCACAGGGCGGCCAACAUGGACGUGCUCAUCGUGCUGGCCACGAGCAUUGCCUAUCUCUACUCCCUGGUCAUCCUGGUGGUGGCCAUGGCUGAGAAGGCUGAGAGGAGCCCCGUGACCUUCUUCGACACGCCCCCCAUGCUCUUUGUCUUCAUCGCCCUGGGACGAUGGCUGGAGCACGUGGCCAAGAGCAAAACCUCCGAGGCCCUUGCCAAACUCAUGUCUCUUCAAGCCACAGAAGCCACAGUCGUGACCCUGGGUGAGGACAACUCCAUCAUCAGGGAGGAACAAGUGCCUAUGGAACUGGUGCAGCGGGGAGAUGUCAUCAAGGUUGUCCCAGGGGGCAAGUUCCCCGUGGAUGGGAAAGUCCUAGAAGGCAAUACCAUGGCUGACGAGUCACUCAUUACAGGAGAAGCCAUGCCUGUCACGAAGAAACCUGGCAGCACCGUGAUUGCUGGGUCCAUCAACGCCCAUGGCUCCGUGCUCAUUAAUGCCACGCAUGUGGGCAACGACACAACGUUGGCCCAGAUAGUGAAACUGGUGGAAGAAGCUCAGAUGUCAAAGGCGCCCAUUCAGCAACUGGCUGACCGCUUUAGUGGCUACUUUGUUCCAUUUAUCAUCAUCAUUUCGACUUUGACGUUGGUGGUAUGGAUAAUAAUCGGUUUUAUCGAUUUUGGUGUUGUUCAGAAAUACUUUCCUACCCCAAGCAAGCACCUGUCCCAGGCUGAGGUGAUCAUCCGCUUCGCGUUCCAGACGUCCAUCACGGUGCUGUGCAUUGCCUGCCCCUGCUCGCUGGGCCUGGCCACACCCACAGCGGUCAUGGUGGGCACGGGUGUGGCUGCGCAGAACGGCAUCCUCAUCAAGGGGGGCAAGCCUCUGGAGAUGGCCCACAAGAUCAAGACCGUGAUGUUUGACAAAACCGGCACCAUCACCUACGGAGUCCCCAAAGUCAUGCGGGUCCUCCUGCUGGUGGACAUGGCCACACUGCCCCUCAGGAAGGUUCUGGCUGUGGUGGGGACAGCGGAAGCCAGCAGUGAGCACCCCUUGGGCGUGGCAGUCACCAAGUACUGCAAAGAGGAGCUAGGGACAGACACCCUUGGAUACUGCACAGACUUCCAAGCCGUGCCGGGCUGUGGAAUCAGCUGCAAAGUGGGCAGCGUGGAGGGCAUCCUGGGCCGGAGCGAGCCCCCGCAGAGUGAGCGGGCGGCUUCCCUGAACGGGCCUGGCAGUGCUCCCGCAGAAACAGACGCGGCCCCCCACCUCUUUUCUGUGCUGAUUGGAAACCGUGAAUGGAUGAGGCGCAAUGGCCUGACGAUCUCCCGCGACGUCAGCGACGCGAUGACAGACCAUGAGAUGAAGGGCCAGACAGCCAUCCUGGUGGCGAUUGACGGUGUGCUCUGCGGCAUGAUCGCCAUCGCUGAUGCCGUGAAGCAGGAGGCGGCGCUGGCCGUGCACACGCUGAAGAGCAUGGGCGUGGACGUGGUCCUCAUCACCGGCGACAACCGGAAGACGGCCAGAGCCAUUGCCACCCAGGUUGGCAUCAACAAGGUCUUUGCAGAGGUGCUGCCUUCUCACAAAGUGGCCAAGGUGCAGGAACUGCAGAGUACAGGCAGGAGAGUGGCCAUGGUGGGCGACGGGGUCAAUGACUCGCCAGCGCUGGCCCGGGCUGAUGUGGGCAUCGCCAUCGGGACAGGCACUGAUGUCGCCAUCGAGGCAGCCGACGUGGUCCUCAUCAGAAACGACCUGCUGGAUGUGGUGGCCAGCAUUCACCUCUCCAAGAGGACUGUCUGGAGGAUCCGCCUCAACCUGGUGCUGGCGCUCAUCUACAACCUGGUGGGGAUCCCCAUUGCGGCAGGUGUCUUCAUGCCCGUGGGCAUCGUGCUGCAGCCGUGGAUGGGCUCGGCGGCCAUGGCGGCCUCCUCCGUGUCCGUGGUCCUCUCAUCACUGCAGCUCAAAUGCUACAGGAAGCCUGACCAGGAGCGGUACGAGGCCCAGGCCCACGGACGCAUGCGGCCACUGAGCGCGUCCCAGGUCAGCGUGCACGUCGGCCUGGAUGACCGGCGGCGGGACUCCCCCAGGGCCACGGCCUGGGACCAGGUCAGCUACAUCAGCCAGGUGUCGCUGUCCUCCCUCAAGGCCGACAAGCUGUCCAGGCACAGCAACGGGGCCGACGACGCCGGGGACAAGUGGUCCUUACUCCUGAACGACAGGGACGAGGAGCAGUGCAUCUGAGAGCCCACCAGGCCCUCUGGGGGGUGAUGCUCUAACCACGCGGGCCACGGUGCCAGCCGCAGGACCCCUGUCCAGCCCGCGCCCCACCCCCCCCCCGGGGGGAUUGGCCAGAUGUUCUCAGCCAGCCCCCUCCAAAGCUCAGGGGCUCGCGGGGAGCCUGCCGGAGGAGGACAAUGCCCUUGGAACCAGCCUCUGCACAGGGCACCGCAGAGCCUGAAGCCCGGCCUACCCCCCGGCGCCCAGCACCUCAUGCUCCUGAGACCACAGCUUACCUCAAGCCGCCCUGUUGGUUUUUCAUUGUCGCGGUCGCUUUUCUUCUCAUUUCUUCACACUGAGAAUCCUCUGUCAUCUUCGAGGGCCAGGGCUGAUCCCUCACGGUCCCCGCUGCUGUUGUGAAGCGCUUCCUCAAGUGCACUCGUGUGUGUGUGCGCACGCGCGUGUAUGUGUGUGUGUUCAUGUACGCAUGGGAUCAUAUGUGCACAUAUUCAUGUAGGUUCAUGUGUUUGUGUGUGCUCCUGUGCAUCUGCUCAUGUAUGCAUGUGCGUGCUCCUGUGUAUGUGAUCUCCUGUGCUGCUUAUGUGUGUUUUUGUGUUUGCUCAUCUGUGCACCUGCCCAUGUGUGUGCAUGUGUGUGCAUGUGUGCUUCUGUGUCUGCCUGGGUAUGCACUCGUGUGUGCUCCUGUGUGUGAACUCCUGCAUGUGUGUGCACAUUCUUGUGCCUGUCAGCUGUCUGGUCCCAGCCAGAGAGCUGGCUGUACUUUCUCUCAGGCAGAGGCGGCUUCUUUGCUUCCUCACAUACCUCCUCCGUGGAACACGAUGGCUGCCUCGGGCUGUUUAGCUGUAGGUUUUUGUCUCAGAGCUUGAGACUUGAGUCCAGAAUGCAGCCUGCUCUGCGCCUGGUGCUUGGUGCUCGGAGCAGCUUUCCAGAGGAGGAGGCAUGGGACAUGCAGACGCCUCCUUGCACGCUUCCAGAUGCUUCCCCCAUGACCUGCUGCCUUGGGUUACCUACUGGAGUGCAGGGUACACAGUGACCCUUGGGAAGAGAAGAGGGCAGACUCCUGUGCAUGACCAGCUGGUGCCUUAGCGGAGAGGGGUGACCACCAGAACCCAAGGGGGAAUCUGGUUGGUGAUGGUGUAUGUGCUUGGAAUCGGUCCUACGCACACUCAGACCAUCAUCGUUGUAGUUAUUGAAUGGCAGCUCCUUUUGGGUACCAGAUAAACACUUCUUCCUAGGGUCCCUCUUUGCCGCCCAACAAACCAGCAAAGUGGCUGUUGCAUUUUGUGUCUUACAAGAGAACUGAGAUGUGUAACUUCCCGCCAGGGCCUCAUGGCCAGGGCACGUGCUGGACCAGGCUGGACACCCCAGGGCUCUAACUACUGCCACCGGGAGCAUCCGUUUGCUGGUUAAGAAUAAACAAGCAAAGUGACCUUAUUCCUAGGGGAACAGAUGUCCCUGC